GGUAGCCGGAAGGCAGAGGCUUGGGAGCUCCUAUUAGUAAGGGGCGAACCGUGGCUGUGACCCCCAGUUAAAAACUGUCUAUACCACGCAACCAACCUCACCCUCACCACCCCCCUCCGCCAAAAUCCUUAAUUUUAGUCGUGGGGAAAAGAGUGGAAAAGAGUUAGACCGGCUUCCUACAGGGCUGUGUUCGUCCUCUCUGAAAGCCCUCAGAACCUGGACUCUUCAGCGAACCCUAGUGUUGGAAGGUACAACAGUCAGGAGUCAAGGUCGGGCUGCGGCUGUUGAGAGUGCUUCGGGACUCCUCGGUUUUCUAAUGAGAAGUGUGCGCCCUGCAAAUUGGGGCUCCAUUAGUCUCGGGGAAGGGUUUCUCUCCGUUUAGCGUUCACCUUCUCGGUUUGGCGUAAGAGGAGCCUUCCCGCAGUUCGGCGCGAACUGCGCGCUCUGGCCGCAAUGGGGCCGUGGCAGCUUCCCCUCCUGGUGGCGGCUCUGGCCGGCUGCCUGCUUCCUGCCCGGGGCUGUGUGAUGUGUGAUCCAAAGGUCGUGGAGGCGCUAAACUCCUUGGAGACGGAUUACCUGCCUGGCCACCUGGAGGCCAGGCAUCACAAAACCGUGAUGAAAAGGGUAAAGCAGACAGUGGAAGCUUUCAAGGACCUGCCGAUUGACGAGGAUUCCUAUAUGGGGGUCGUCGAUGAGGCCACCCUGGAAAAGGCAGCUUGGAGUUUGCUGAAGGAUCUGAAACGCAUCAUGGACAGUGAUGUAAAAGGUGAGCUCUUCGUGAAGGAGCUGUUCUGGAUGUUGCACCUGGCAAAGGAUAACUUUGCCAGCUACGCUGCUCAGUUUCAAAAAGAGGCUUUUUGUCCCAACAAAUGUGGUUUGAUGUUGCAGCCUCUGAUCUGGUGCAGUACCUGCCAGAAGCAGGUUCACUCUUGUCGAAAGUCCUCGAUUUGCGGAGAGCGCAAAGUCAAGGUCCAUCAAAUGGAAGAUAUGAUCCUGGACUGUGAGCUCAACUGGCAUAAAAUCUCUCAAGGCCUGACUGACUACAGCUUUUACAGGGUUUGGGGGAACAAUUCUGAGACCUUGAUGUCCAAGGGGAAGGAGCCCACCCUGACCAAGACCAUGGUGCGUCCAAAGGAUGCGGGCAUGUACCGCUGCGAGCUGGGCUCCGUGCAAUCCAGUCCAGCCACGAUCAUGUAUUUUCAUGUCACAGUAUUGCCCAAAAGAAUCGUGGAGGAGAUACCGUCACCAAACACUGAAACCAAGGAUGAGGUGGCCCCAGGUGAGGUGACUUUGGAUCGCCCCCAGACGGCCACAACCCUCCAGUCACAGUCUCCGAAGCCAGAGAAAGUGCUGGGAAGCCGCCUGGUCGGGCUGCUGAUCUGGCUCUUUGUCGUGCUGAUAGCCAGCGUUGCCACCUCGUGAGCCGCCCACCGAAGAAGGCAGGGUUUGGAGCGAGGGGCGGGGGCUUCCAACUACCUAAUACAGAAGCGGGUCUCCAGCCAAGGAACGCUGAGAGCCGGACUUCCUCUGGCAGCGGGGCUUACCUGGGAGGGCGAAGCUUGGAUAAUUGCUAGAAUAAGACCAAACAUAGGGAGGCCGGGAGGGGUGUUCCUCCCUCAUUAGGACCUAACCUGUUUCUGCUAUUUGUACCCCAACAAGGAUACUUUUCUCUCGGUCUGGGAAAGUGAUCGAUUUCAUAAAGUCCUUCUGGUUCAGCACUGGCAGUGGAGCUGCUCAGGACUCUGGGGUUU